AUGGCUAUCAAGUUCCUCGGACAACAAAAUGUCACCAAUGCAUACGUAUCUGGCAUGAAAGAGGACCUCCACGCAUACGGCAAUGAACUUAAUUACUAUGUCGUCGCAUACAACACGGCAUACGUCUUUGGCCAGAUCCCACUGAUGACACUCCAAACCAAAGCCAAAAUUGCCCCAUUUCUGUUGCCUUCACUUCAGAUUUCUUGGGCUAUUAUCGCUUUUUGCCAGUCACAAGUAACAAAAAACUGGCAUCUAUAUCUGCUUCGAGCCCUGACUGGAUUUCUGGAGGCAUCGUCAUUCGGUGGUACUCAUCUCAUACUCGGCUCGUGGUUCAAAAAUGAAGAGCUUUUCAAAAGGGCAGGUGUUUGGUUCAUGGGAAACUCGUUGGGCAGCACAUUCUCUGGAUACUUCCAAGUCGCCACCUAUCGUGGAUUAAAUGGUGUCUUCGGUUAUACAGGCUGGCAGUGGCUUUUCAUCGUCCAGGGAAUCAUCACCCUGCCACUUGCUUUUGUCGGAUUCGCGGUCUGGCCUGGUCUUCCUACUUCACCGCGGCGAUGGUAUCUCUCAGUAGAGGAGCAUGCUCUAGCUGUCAAACGAAUCCCUACGGUUGAAAAAGAGGGCAUCACUUGGCAAACUUUCAAGUACACGCUUUCUCGACCGAUGUGGUGGAUUUGUGUCCCUUGCUACGUAUUUCUGUGUCAGUCCUUCUACUGGACCGGAUAUAUGCAGCUGUGGCUCAAAUCGACAGGAAAAUCUGUCGAGCUCAUCAACAUUCUCCCUACUUUCAUCGAUCUUCUCAAGGCACUGUCAUCAUGGCUUGGCACUACCCUCGCAGGAUGUCUGAGCUUGAGAGGUAUAUGGACAUUCCAGGCGUCGCUGACGUUCUUUUCGGUCAUCGUCCUCUCAAUUUGGACUGUUCCUGACGCACUCAAAUACAUGGCCUACUAUUUUGGUGGCUUUUCGGGCAUGGCCUCUCCUAUCCUCUACUCCUGGCUCAACUCGACGCUUAAAGAGAACUAUGGUGAAAGAGGCCUCAUUAUUUCAUCAAUGAUGACCAUGGGAUUUGCGAUGCAGAUCUGGGUCCCGUUGUUUACGUUUCCUACGGUCGAGGCGCCAAGGUUUCCUCAUGGGUAUCCGGCUUGUGUCGCGUUCUUGUUCACCAUGUGGGCGAUACUAAUUUUUGGAUCUUGGUUCAUGAAACGGUGGAAAUUGAAGAAUCCGGACCUAGAAAUGAGAUUGGCACUCGGAUUGAGCGACGACGGCGAAACCAGUGAAGCACCGAGGGAAGCUACGAAAGGACAAGAGGAAAUCCCAAGUAAGAAUACAGUAGCCACCGUUCAAUAG